GGAGCAGGCAGCUGACAGCCACUUGAGAGAGAAGCAAUGUCUAUGCAGUACCAAGAACCUGCAAACGGGAUAUGCUAGAAUAAGAGACCUUCAAGCAAACUCACCUGAAACAACACUGUUAACAGACAACUGCUAAGCUUAAAAAUGCCACUUUUUGGCUGGAUGAAAUGGUCAAAAACUGAUUCCUACAAAUCCACAAGAUGUCCUGGAUCAGAAGUAGUUACAAAAACCCUGCUGAGAGAGUUGAAAUGGCACCUGAAAGAGCGUGAAAGAUUAGUGCAAGAGAUUGAAAACGAACAAAAAGUCCAGAAACCUGGCAUGGAUUACAACUGGCUCAAGAACUACCAAAACCCUCAAGCAACAAUUCCAGCUACUGAGCAACGGCAGCUUGAAGUGCUGUGCUCUCAAAUCCAGCCCUGCCAAACAGGAACUGUUCUCAGCAGAUUUCGGGAAGUUCUGGCAGAAAAUGAUGUUUUACCGUGGGAAAUAGUCUACAUAUUCAAGCAAGUUUUAAAAGAUUUUCUUACCACCAUUGAGAGAGAAAACCAAGCAGAGCAGCUGGUAGAUGCAUGGAAUACAAACUGCCCUGAACAUUUUGGUCUGCGUGGUGACAGCUCCAACAAGUCGGACAAAGAUGAAAUCCCCACGGUCUCGAGUUAUGUCGACAAAAACACACAAAGCAUGUUUCCCACCUUCUCUCACAGAAUCUGGAAUCUACCCUACUACUACCCAUCAAGUUAA